AUGUGGCUGAGCGCCGUCGGAUUCGCUUUCUUCUGUGCUGCGCAGGCGGAGAUUAGGAGCAGCCUGAUCUUUAAUAAGUUACUAAACGUAAAACCAGUGGGUGCUCAAAUUGCCAAGAGUUUCGUACCGCUCACUGAGUUGCCACCGCCUCGCAUCCACCACGGUUCCGGGAGACGACAUCUCGAAGACGAAUGCAGUAAAGCGCCGCAGUGGAAGGAAGUAAAUGAAGGCGGAAAAGUUGACAUACUCGGAGAUUACUAUGAUGAUAGAGUUGCUAAAACCGUCGCUACCGUUAUAAUACCGGAUCAUAUAGACUACAAGCAUUUCCAAGUGACUACUCAAGUGCCAUAUCUAACAGUGGGUCCCAUAGAAGCCAUAGGCUACCACCCCAGUACUGUUAAAUCUGACCAUCCCAGCGAAUGCGAGAAGAUCUACCAGGAUCACAUAGCUGAUCAAUACUCAGAUGAGACCACAGACUAUUCAGAAGAGUCCCUCGAAAUGGCCAGGAUGCCGCUUUUCCCGGCGAAUGUUCGAGAAUCCAUUGAGGAAAGAUUUGCUCAUAUGUACGAUGAUAUGCGAUAG